UUGAUUUGUUCUGAAUUUUUUUUUUCAGAGCUUAAGCUUUAGCAUGAGCCGUGAGAGCGGUGGGGUUCACCCCUCAGACCUCCAGCGCGCUAUUGAGGCUCAAAGACAACAGAACAGAACACCUACGCGCCUUCUAGAUGGGCAGCGUACAAUGGACCAACAGAGAGCUGCUGACGCACAGCGAGCAGCAGAGGCUAUGCUAAGCAGCAGUGCUGGAAGCAGUGCGCACAGUUUGAGCAGUUUAAAUGAUCAGACGCCGAGAUAUCCAUCAUCUUUUGGUGCUCAAUCCUACACUAGUAAUUCAUUUCAUCCCAAUCAUCCAGUUCCACAGUACUCUCAUCCACAAUAUUCAUUCCCUCAGUAUAAUCAACCUCAAUAUACUCAACACAAUCAGGGUCUCUACCCUACACCUUACUUCUCCCAUCUGCAGCAUAGAACUGUAUAUCAAGGAUCUCACCAGUACCCUGUUAUUAUGACAGAUGAUCUGGUGUCUGGUUCCCGGCCAAACGGUGCUCUGUCGCCUGUCCGUCGAACCUUUCUUCUCCUUUGUUUAUUCGACAUCAUGUUCCUAGCACUGCUUUGGAUAAUUGCUAUACUAGUCACAGGGAAUGAUUUGGCUACCGAGCUGUAUGCCCAGGUUGUUGAAUACACAAUACAUUCCUCCAUGUUUGAUUGUGUGGGAGUUGCAGCAAUUAGGUUUUUAAUGUGCCUGGUAUUCUACGGGUUUCUAGAUUUCUCACAUUGGUGUGUUAUAUGCUGUACAACUACAGGCACAGUAGCCUUCCUCAUAGCAAAGGUGUUUGAGUAUCAUUGGCACCACGACCCUAUCACCUACGACGUGAUGUUAGUUCUUCUCUCCUUUAUCCUCUCCUGGUCCGAGGCGUGGUUCUUCGACUUCAGGAUGAUCCCUCUUGAGACCAAGGCUGCUGAGAUCUGGAAUCUACACAGUGAGGCUCUGGAUGACCGAACCCCUCUCCUAGGCUCACAAGGAGGAAUGCUUCAAAGAUAUAUUGCAGAGGGAAGCACACUUAAUGAAGGAUCAGUGGCCAACUUCUAUUCUCCUAUGGAGAGUCCUGAAGUAUCAGAUAACGAGGACAGUGAGAUCUCAGAGGACAGCGGCAUUAGAAUACCGAGAAGGUUUAAGCGAAGGGGAAACAAACCUCUAACAGAAAAGGAAGUAGAACUGAAGAAGAAAGGAGAGGAGGCUCUCAUGACAGCUUGGACAAAUCUUAACUCAGAAGGUAAUAACAGAGAACUCGAUUGUGGGAAGGGUUAUGUUGACAUAUCUCCGGCAUUGUUGUUAGAAGAUCUUUUCUUCAGAGGAGAUCAGAUUCCUAAAUGGAAUCCAACAUUAACAGAUUGUAGAAUAAUUCAGCCGAUAGACGAAUAUACAGAUAUCACAUACCAAGUGUGUGCAGAGGCAGGAGGAGGCUUAGUUUCAACCAGAGAUUUUGUAUGUUUGCGGCAUUGGGCCUUAGUUGACGGAGUUUAUGUGAGUGCUGGGAUAUCAGUGGAACACCCUGCUAUGCCACCACAGCACAAGAAAGUCAGUUUUUAUUUAAAACAGCUCUUUAAUGAUAAAUUGAAUGUUUUCGAUCUUCUUUCUUAUGAUACAGAUCUCAAGGGUUGGAUUCCACAAUCUGUGAUUGAUAAGGCUCUGUCAGGAGCUCAGUUUGAAUAUAUUCAAAAUGUUAGAGAAAGAGCAAAAAUUCUCAAGUAA